AUGCGCAGAUCGGCCGGACGGCAAAGGGGAGAGGGCGCGCUUGCGCGCAGGGAGCAUAUUCUGGCUCCGCCCCCCAACGUUCUGCCGGGCCGCGCGCGGGGAAGAUGGCGGCGGCCGCGUUGUCGGUGUCGGGCCGGGGGCUGGGGGGGGGUCUGGCGCGGGGCCCGUUUCCGGUUCCGGUGGGGCCCCGGUGCGGUCCGGGGGUGGGGGUCCGAGCCCCGCGACGAGGACGAGCUGAGCCUGCGCUUCCUGCCCGACGAGGACAAAGGCAUCGCCGUGCUGGGCCUGAACCGGCCGCAAGCCAAGAACGCCCUGAGCUGGAACCUCAUCAAGCAGCUGUCGCACUCGCUGGACGCCCUGAAGUCGGACAAGAAGGUGCGGACGGUGAUCGUGCGGAGCCUCGUCCCCGGAGUCUUCUGCGCCGGCGCCGACCUGAAGGAGCGAGCCAAGAUGGAGGCCGGCCAGGUGGGCGCCUUCGUGGCCAAGGUCCGCGGGGUCGUCCACGAGCUGGCGCGGCUGCCGGUCCCGACGAUCGCGGCGCUGGACGGCCUGGCCCUGGGCGGGGGACUCGAACUCGCCCUCGCCUGUGACAUCCGCGUGGCAGCGGCCUCGGCGAAGAUGGGGCUGGUGGAGACCAAACUGGCCGUCAUCCCCGGAGCAGGUGGGACGCAGAGGCUCCCGCGGACGGUGGGCCCGGCGCUGGCCAAGGAGCUGAUCUUCUCGGGGCGCCUGCUGGACGGCGCCGAGGCGCGGGCCGCGGGCCUGGUCACCCACAGCCCCCCGCAGAACGGCCAGGGGGACGCCGCCUACCGAAGGGCCCUCGCCCUCGCCCGCGAAUUCCUCCCCCAGGGCCCGGUGGCCGUGAGGGCGGCGAAGCUGGCCAUCAACCAGGGGAUGGAGGUCGACCUGGUGACCGGACUGGCCAUAGAAGAGGCCUGCUACGCUCAGACCAUCCCCACCAAAGACCGCCUGGAGGGGCUCCAGGCCUUCCGCGAGAAGCGCCCACCGCGCUACAAAGGCGAGUAGCUGCCGGGACCCCGAGACCACCCUCUCCAUCCCCCCCCCCGCCCCCCGCCCCGGGCCGGACCUUGGGGGCCGGGCGGGAUUUUGGGGGCCGGACGCGAUU